ACAGUUAUGCAAUAGAAGAAAGAGAAGAAGAGGCGUUAUCCUCAUCCGGUGGUUUAUUGGACGUGUGCUUGCUAAAAAAUGGCCGCAGAGCAGCAGAAUGAGGUGAAAAUACCGCAAAUGGAGGAAAAUAAAGAGAAGAGCACUGACGAGAGUCUUGGCCUGGAGAUCCUGCAGAUCAUUAAGGACUCUCAGCAGCAGCAUGGACUCAGGCAUGGGGAUUACCAGCGCUACAGGGGUUAUUGCUCCAGACGAUUGCGUCGAUUGAGAAAGACCCUGGGCUUUAAAAUGGGCAAUAGACACAAGUUUACUGGGAAGAAAGUGACUGUGGAAUUGCUUUCAGACAACAGACAUCUUUUAUUAGUGUUAAUGGAAGCAGAAAGAGCAUGGAGUUAUGCAAUGCAGCUUAAACAGGAGGCUAACACUGAGCCCCGAAAGCGUUUCCAUCUGUUGGCUCGUCUGCGAAAGGCAGCCAAACAUGGGGAGCAACUAGAGAAGUUGUGUGAGAGUCCCCGUGUGGAUGCCAAGACCAAACUAGAAGCUCAGGCAUACACUGCUUAUCUGAACGGCAUGGUUCAGUUUGAACUGCAGGAAUGGAAAUCUGCAAUGGAGGCCUUUAACAAGUGCAAGACCAUCUAUGAAAAACUGGCAAGUGCUUUUACUGAGGAGCAAGCAGUGCUUUAUCAUCAGAGAGUGGAAGAGAUUUCACCUAACAUCCGAUACUGUGCAUAUAACAUUGGUGACCAGAAUGCUAUAAACGACCUCAUGCAGAUGAGACUGAGUGCAGGAGGAGGUGGUGGCAUGAUGGCUGAAAAAUUGGAGGCACUGAUUACUCAGACGAGAGCCAAGCAGGCAGCUGUGAUGAGUGAGGUUGAGUGGAGAGGCCGUACAGUGCCUGUCAAAAUUGAUAAAGCCAGAAUCUUCCUGCUGGGUCUAGCAGACAAUGAAGCUGCUAUUAUACAGGCAGAUAAUGAAGAGACAAAGGAGCGCCUCUAUGAAAGCCUGCUGGCGGAGUGUAGAGACACCAUCCAAGCUGUCAGAGAGGAGCUCAGGACUGAUGUGAAGCAGAGAGAGAGAGCAGCAGAAGGUGCUGAUAGUGGCAAGGUGUCUAACCUGCAAUACUUGCACAGCUACCUGACAUAUAUCAAGCUGUGGACUGUAGUUAGGAGGAAUGAGAGCAUGGCUCAUGCGCUGCAAGCUAAACUGAAGGAGCCACAGACUGAUGAGAACAAGAGGGGACCACGACCACAGGACCUCAUACGACUCUAUGACAUCAUCCUGCAGAGUCUUGCUGAGCUGUCAUCACUGCAGGGUCUAGAGGAGGACCACACCUUCCAGAAAGAAGUAGCACUCAAAACUCUGGUCUACAAAGCUUACAGGUGUUUCUAUAUAGCUCAGUCCUAUGUUCUGGUGAAGAAAUGGAGUGAAGCUCUGGUUCUGUAUGAAAGGGUUCUGAAAUACACAAGAGAGGUCCAGUCCAAAGCCAAGAGCCUCAAUAACAGCCUUAAGGAUCUUCCUGAUGUCCAGGAGCUGAUUGCUGAGGUCAAUGCUGAAAAGUACUCCCUCCAGGCUGCAGCCAUCUUAGACACAGAAGAUGUUGCUGAGGUGCCGCAACAGCAGCAGAUUAAAGACACUACGCCUCUGUCUGACCGUUUGGAUAAUUUCCGGAUAGACCCCUCCCUCCUAAGCAAGCAGCCCAAUCUGGUGCAGUUCCCACCAGAUUUCCAGCCGAUUCCAUGCAAGCCUUUAUUCUUUGACCUGGCUCUCAACCAUGUGGCUUUUCCACCUCUUGAUGACAAGGUGGAGCAGAAGGGCAAGGGUGGCAUCACUGGCUACUUCCGAGGCUUCUUUGGCUUUGGAAGCUAAAUCUGGCCUGUUUGGCUAUAUUUGAAGUCAUCUGAAUAUAAAUAUCUCCUCAAAACCAAGAGUUAUGGAUCAUUAUACAAUCAAACCUUUUUCUCCAAAACAUCCCAUUAUAGGUUUAAGAGGUGCAGCCUUUUAGGUAGUAAAUUCAUAGUCUUUCUUUAAUCUUUAAUCUUUUAAUUUUUUUUUUUUGUAAUAAAUCCUGCCAAGUAUAAUAAUCAGUUGUAAUGCUUGGUGUCACUACAUCCCAUAAAACCUUUAGUCUGUUUAGAUUUGAUAUAAAUGACCUCAUUGUUCAUUUUGUAAGAGGAUGUUACUGUCACUUGAACAAUCAACUUUGACCGAACACAGAAAUAACCCCUUAUCAUGUCUGAUGUAUAGAUAACUUGAAAGACUAUAGGAUAUAUCAUCUUGCGUGUACCUUAGAUACAUACACUGGUAUAAUUGUUUAAAAAUCAUAUGACUUAUAUCUCAAACUAUCAUCUGAAUACAAAGCCAUAAAGAAGAAGUGAUUUGCUAGUGUUUUGUGAUUGUUUCCUAAUAUAAUUUGCUAACUUUUGUUUUAAAGAUUUUGUUCUAACUAAUUGCUUUCAACUGUCAGAUGAGUUUUUGCUAAUUUCCCUUUUGUUAUUCCUUGUCAUUUUUUGUCAAAUGUUGGUGAGAAUUCAUUUAAUAUUCAAUAGACCAACAUUACACCAUUAUGGUGAUCCUGUUAAAAUGGAUAGGAUAUUAUAAGUGAUGAAACUGAGUGAUUUUUAGUUUGAAGUCUCCUGAUUUAACAAUAAAAAGUAACAACUUUUUUGGUCAUCA